GAAAAUGCGACGUCAUUCGUUCGGCAUUUCCGAUAUCGCGGAGCCACCGAGGGCCGCACGAGCGAAGUCAAACCUUUGACUUUUCUACGAUAAAUUCCAGAGCUCGCGAUCGCGACGCCACCCCGUGGGUCUCUCUUCGUCAUCGUCAUCGUCUUCUUGUUCGCAAUGCCUCGUCGCCGCCGGCCGCCGCCCUUCCUCCUCCUCCUCCUCCUCGGCCUCGCGGCGUUCGCCGUCGCGCGCGUCGCCUCGCACCAGGAGUCCGGCGAGUGGCGGUGCGAGUCCGACUCGGCGGAGAUCCGGCUCCAGGCCGAGUUCAGGCCCGGGGUCGUCGCCGUCGACGGCCACCCCGGCGACUGGGACGCCGUCGACGGGUCCGAGUUCGCGCUCCUCCCGGCUCUCGACCCCGACGCCGAUAAGGAGUUCAAUGGCGGGAAGAUGACCGUUAAGGCUCUCCACGACGGCAAAGACGUGUUCUUCUUGUUGCAAGUGGAUGGCGAUUAUGUGUACUCUCCAGGCAACAGUAACAAAUGCCCCUCAGUUGCUCUCAUGUUCCAGAUCGGUGAAAGUGCUACCUAUCAUGAUAUGGGCGGGUGUAAGGAAGGAAAAGACACUUGCACCAGCAAGACAUGUAAAGGCCAUGAAGUUGACAUGAUGCACUUUUCAAUUGGAAAUGCCAUACCGGGAAGACUCUAUGGUGGAAAUCCUAUUGAUAAUGCUGAAGGAAAUGGUGGCGACAGGUUUGGCCAUUUGGUUGAUCUUUAUGCUUGGACCCCACACUGCAGAUAUCUGGAUGGAACUGGGCCUUCAGGAAAUGAUUCCAGUGCGCAGAACAACUGGAGAGGUGCAUGGUGGCACAGCAGCUUGUCUUUACAGUCUGGUUUUGUCCAAGAAGACAGUCCAUAUGGAUCAGAUGGUGGAAAGGGCACAUAUUACUUUGAAUUUUCAAGGCCUUUGAGAACAAUGGAUCGCCUUCAACAGGAUGUUCAGUUCACAAUUGGCGAAUCGAGCAAAGUAUCAGCGGCAUUCUGGUAUCCUGUCGACGGGACUCCAUGGCACGGAUCGGGGCACUUCACAAUUAAUUGUGACUGGGUUUCCUUGGAUAUUACUUCAGCAGGGUCACUGCUCACCAAGUCAACAUCGACAAGUUCCUGGGACGUGGCAAGCAUGUUCUCCUUGCUGUUCUCUGUGAUCGCUUUGUGCCUGUCGAUUUUUGCCAUCUACCGCCUUUCGAGACCUAGAAGUUUCCAGUUUUCUCCCGUGGAAGUAUCUAUGGAAUAAUCAUCUGGGUAGUGUUGGCAAUAUCGUUUGCAAGUCAAGGUGGUCAAUCCUUCCACAGAAUCGAACAGCUUUGCUUCCAUACCGAAUUUUUGUGUCGACGUUUGAUCUUCAGGUAGUAUAUUCAAUGUUCACAAUACAGACUGCGUCAUGUAUAUGGUCAUCUUGUUGAUAUGAAAGCAUAAUAUCAUUUGGCUUGGUUGAGACUGUAGUUUUCGAUUUAUACUCUUUAUAUUUACAAAAAAUGGUUAUCUUCUUCUUC